AUGCUGAGAAAUGGCGAACUGGGUCAAAUCUGCAAUGAUCAGAACCAACGAAGUGCAUUUCAUCAAGAUCUGAAGGCUAUCCGAAUGUUAUUGGUCGUCGUAGGAGUGUUUAUACUUUGUUGGGGUCCUUACUUUAUUACUAUGUUGCCUUUGUUGUACUAUGAAAAUUCGAAUGAGUCGGAUAGCAGAUCAUUGAGCGACCAAUUGAGCGACAAGCGUCGGUCUCUCAUAACUGAAAAGGUACUAUUUAGACUUCCUUAUUUUAACAGCCUAUGCAAUCCAAUAAUCUAUGCCUGUAUGGACCAAACGUACAGAGCGGCUUUCAAAAAUCUACACGUGUCGACCAAGCUCAACAAGACGACAAGCACCUGAGGCAAUAGAACGACCUCCACAGAGAACAACAUAAGACAACAUUCCAUUAAAUUAAUAUACGAAUACCGGAUUUUGAGCGGCUAAUCUGUAUUAUUACUGAAACUUGGUGUCCGGAAAACGUUUAACGUUAUAUAGGUCGUUGCUCUGAAAGUAAAUUCGGUUAUAACAUGUGUUUAUAAAAUGCCGCGCUAAUUGGAGAUUUAUAAACUUAGGAUUCAUAUUUCUUUAUUUCAUAUAGCUAUAGUAGACAAAUUUAGAAUUUUGUUUUUAGCGCCAAAUCGUGCUAUAUAAGUCUGUUGCUAAAUAUAAUAUCAAAGUUGUACGCGCAGAAAACUUAACAUAAAUACAAAUAUAACUAAAUAAACAUACGCAAGCAAUCAUCUCAUUUAAAAAAUGCAAAUUUUGUUUUCAAACUAACGCCAGAAUAAACGGCAAAUAUCUUUUCAAAAUAACUUUUCAAAAUAUUUUUCGCCCACAAACAAUAGCAAAAAUGUCAGUAUAAACGCUUACUUUUAUAAAAGUUACUUUAUAACACAUUUUGUUUUUGAGCAUUCAGCGUUUGAGGUGAACAAUUAGAUAGGUAGUGGCGAAUGCUCUUUUUAUGUAUUCUUUUGAAUCGGAAUGAAUGGUUCCAUAUUUUUACGAUCUAUACCAUCAUACAGCCUUCCUUGAUUCUAUGAUGUGUAUCGUCAUGGAAGCGCGCCAACCCUGCUUUGAGUAUCACCCCAUACCAAGAACUCCCUUGACACUAACUGGGUCAUUGCCAUCCCCCCUGCCCUAACCGUGGGGCGGUUGACCGCCAACAACCCAACGCUGGCGCGACCAACCUCCUCUUAGAGCUAGAGGACGUCACCUUUAUGGGGUAAAGUCUUGUGGUGCAACAGUUAAUUAGAUGCAACCUUAAUAAGGAGCAGCUGCAUGAUGAUGUACAUGAUAGGAAAUAAGAGACCAUGAUGACUGUUGAGAAACAUGUUUUAAUAUUACGGCUUAAUCACAAAGGUACAUAAAUUCGAUGUUAACCUGCAUGAGUUAUAUUUAAAUCACAGCUCUUUGCCAAUCAGUGGUAGCGCUUUACAACUGAUCCUAUUCGUUUAUCAGCUACGCUAAACGGCUGAUGAGCUCGAUUAAAGGCAUAUGGUCUUUCACUCACAUAGACCUGAACCAAUCUUUUCAAAUGGAAAGAGGCGGUUAUCGUAGCAUUGCAAAUAAUCCUGCAGGUUGAUGUUAUUAUAUUCUGAAAUUCCACCACAUGAGCCGCUGUGUGGUACAGAUUGCAGAGUGGAAGACUUCGUGGGUAACAUGUUUAAAAGCAACAGUUUUUAAACAACAGAGUUGUUAAAACAACUCGAAAGUUUGCUCUAAAAUAUAUCCGUGAUGCCUUGCCCGAAAAUGAUAAAAAUGUAAAAAAUGUGACGAUUCUGCAAAUAAUCCAGGCUGACCUGUAUGUAUUGAACUAUGCAUUAAGAUAUGAGGAACUUUGUUCUAUACUGCUGCGGAGUGGAAACCCCUACGAGCGGGUAAAUUUUUAAAAGAUUAACAAUUCAUAAGUUAUGAAAUGCAAAGCUUAUCACGAAUGAGAUCACAAACAGCGCACGGACCAAUAAAAUGCUCCAAACAAAUUAUGUAUAAUCUUAAACAUGACAUAUUUGGGCGAUCCUCGUGCGUCAGGCUAAUUGUUGAAUUAAAACGAUACUAAUAACGCACGAACAGCAAAAGAGCGGAGGCAAUCAAGUUUCAUUAUACAAUUAGUUUAUGGUUUCCGUGUUUGGAUGGUCUGAUGCAAACACGCGGGAAUUAAUGCUACGAGAGUUAAAAAAGCGCGCGAACGAAGGUGAGUGAUUUUGCACGCUUUUCUUAAUUAACACGAGCAACAUUCCCAAGUGUUUGUAUCAGGCCAUCCAAGCACGGAAACCAUAAAGUAAUUGUUUUAUAAAUAACAACUUUCCGUUUUAAAAUUUCACUUUAAAAAACUUUCACUUUAAAUUUCCGUGUUUGGAUGGCCUGAUCCAAACACGGGUUUCGACCAAUCAGAGCACGCGUUAUAUACAUGUUAUUUUAUAAUCUUCGUUGCGUAAUUUGCCUUGUUUUUCAUUCCAAAAUGGUUGACAAGUGACUGAAAAGCAUAUUGUUGAUUUGUAUAUAAAAUUAAUUAUUAACGCAUGCAUAUAGAUCGACAUGUGAGAAAAGUAGCCAUGCAUGUGUGAUUAUAACGUGUUAGAUAUACGUAGAUUGAUUACCCCUGAGGUGCAUACAACCAUAACCAUAUUGUGUUAAGAUACUUAAUUAGUAUCUUCUUGUAAUUCUUAUGAAGUGUCAAUAGUGUAAUUUAGUCAACACAAGCUGUAUGCAUAGUUUCAGUUAUUAGGCAACCGGUAAUUUCGGCCCAUGGUAAGCCGCGCCGAGCUUAAAAAGAUAAUGUAUAUACAUCCUAGAUAAUUUAGAUGCUACAUAUUUAAAGGAACUUUAUAAUUCAUUUUUGCUCAAGAAAGUGUUUAUUCUACAAGGCUGUAGAGGUAUGUUAACAAAUUGUACUUAGUUGCUAGUCAUUGCGCAUGCAAGCAGCUAAUUGAAAUACUAAACCUGAAGCAUUGAAUAAAUAAAAAUCAUUGUAUAAUAAACGUAUUGAAUUUCGUCAAGUUCAACAUUAUUUGUUCCUUAUCAAUUAUCAGGAAACUAACUGUUGAAGGGAUUCUGCAGAUGAAAAUUUUCGAAUAGAAUUUUAAUAGGUUUAUUAAACUUAAACAGGAGCAUGAGCAGCAGUUAUGAAAAAUACAACUAUAUCGACCAUCUUGCAUGAAUCGAACCUGCGCCCUGCGAUACCGGUUCAGGACUCUAACCAACUGAGCUACAAAGAGACAGUUGCAAAACUCUAACCACAAGUUUAUCCCUUCAACAAUUAGGGAUAUCGAGUGAGAUGCCCAAUAUCAUGAUAUUUACUCAUACACCUUACAUUAAUUCAAUUUGGCAGUACUAGUGCUUAAAAUCGUGGUUAGAGUGCUACACCGGAAAUGCAGAACCGGAACUCGAUUCCCGCCAGAGGGCCGAUAGUUGCAUAUCUUGCAACUGCUCGAAAAUUUCCAUCUACAAAUCCCUUCAACGAUAAGUUCUAUCGAGCGAGAUGACCAAAAUUCUGGUAUUUACCCAUACACCACCACAUUGCCAUCACCUUAGUAUUUAUGCAUAGACUCAUUCAUUCUUUUACUAUCACUUAUAGUUGCUUUCAUGAUUCAAUAUUGGUACCAUUGAAUGAAAGAAAGAAUGAAAGGCUGAAUGAAUGAAAAGUACUGCGGGAUUUUUAUGGAAAUUAUUUUCAUCAUCUCAAAUUUCGCUGGCUUUUAACAAGCUGCCGAAGACGCUAGGGACUUGGGUUCUACAGCGUCUAAUAAUCUGAUUUUGGACACAACCCAGCGGGCAAAAUGACGUUUAUCCAACGUUGAAUCAACGUUGGAAAUGACCUUCCAGACCAGAGGAGGUUGGACAGCUAAUUAGCGAGUUGUCACGUGAGCUCUCGACCAAUGAGAUCGCUCUAUUUUCCAUCGUGUUAUCUGCAGAAUUUAGACAGAAAAAUUUGCAUUCGACGGAAAAUAAAUCGGAAAAAAAUACUAAUAUUAAAAUUUUCGUGCAAAAUCUCAAGUGUUGUAGUACUACUACUAAAGAUCUGGUGAUAUCUGCAAAAAUCUCUGAGGUAAACUUUAUUUUCAAUGUUAUUUUAAUGUUUGAAGUUAGUCGACUCCCCGCGACGUGUUGACUCAUGUCUAAAUAUGUUUACAAUGUUUAAAAUGAAAUAUCUAGAAUUCCCAUGGUUUGAUUUUCUUCAUUUUUGGUAGUCGUCAAGACAAAAAUAUAAUCUUUAAAUCUGCUGGAAUGAUCCCGGUGAUCCCCCGGCAGUUUUCGAGAUAUUGGCUGUUGAAGUGACUAUUGUCAACUCGACGUUCGCCAAAAGGGCGUCUAAUACUUUGCGCCAUCAAAGAUGAUAUUUUCAAUGAAUUUUUGUUAAAGUGUUAAAUUACUUUUAAAAUAUUGUUUAUAAGACUUAGGAGUUGUUUUAGUAUUUUUUUUAGAAUUUAUAUCUCUGCGAUUUUCCCAGUUUUGUUGGCUUUGGCCGAAGCGUUUCAUUUUAAUAAAGUAAGUAAACAUAAUUUGUUUCGGAAUCUAACGUAAAUUAUUUUUAUUUUGAUAGGUUAAGAUGGCUGAGGGCCCAAAAAGGCUUCAUGACCCUCCGACUGGGCAAACUCCAGGAAAAAAACCAGAAAAGAGAAGAUCUGGCGUGUCUGGAAGGUUCUUGAGGAAAUCACUAUUCCAGUCAGAUACCGAUUUAGAACAGGGUGUGGAGCAGAAGAAUCAGAAGGUAUCUAUUUAUAGUUAUUACUUAAUAUAUGUUAUUGCAUAUUUACAGUUUGAGUGUGCACUUGAUUCAACCAACCUUUUUAAAAUAGAACUUUUCAACACCCUGAGCACUUUUUGGGUGGGCGUGUAAAGAAUUUGUACCCAAAGUUAUGGGGUGUACAAUUAUUACAGAGCCUGUAUCCAUGUGGUUUAACCUGUUGAGUGGUGGCACUCACACCCGGACAAGUAAAUUUUUCCAUACAAAUUCCUGUUAAAACAUGGGUGAAACCCUUAUUUUUGGACCAACAUCUGUAAAAUUUUGGUCUAUAAAUUCUAUUCAAUUCCCUCUGAAAGCCCUGUAAGUUACUUCAUAACUCUACAUUCUAUCAUUUGAAAUCUUUUAUUGCCCUGCCAAUCCAGAUGAUUCACCCUACCAAUCCAGAUGAUUCGGGUUUUUUUUUGGGGGGGGUGUCACACCCCCAUACCCCCCUCUAGUUUCGCCCCUGAUUAAGUACCGGUAUUGUAACAUAAAAAAAAACCCACUGACACACUGUGCAAUUCAGCAAAAUAUAUCAAAUGGCAUGAUACAGCUGUAUAAAUUGGGCUGUCUGUUACGAUACACAGUGUCCUCUUAAUAUAAGUGAAUGUCCUAUGAAUAUGCAUCUCAUUUGCAAGUAAUAUUGUAUGAUUGUAUACCGAGGAUUUAAAAUGGAAUAUUUUCCAUGUGCAGGUACAAACUACAUGUACGUGGAAAGAUGAGGAAGUGUCAGCAUUGGUUGAGUAUAUUGCUUUGUAUUAUUCACCUGAUGAAAAUUCAUUCAACGUAUGGCCAGCUGGUAAGAAUGAUGAACUAUGGGGAAAAUGUGCUGAUGCUGUUAACUGUUACAACAUCGGGAACAAGCGAUCUGGUAAGUAAAUCUGGAUUAAGUCUAAUAGAAAUUAUUUAUAGUACGGUACCUGUAGCUAUUAUGAACUACCGAUAAUUCACCUAAAAUACACCCACAGUAUUUUAUUGUUUUACUAUUAACUUGAUUAUUACCAGGCAAUUAAAAUUAUUGAUUCAAUAUCUCUGUUAUAUAUACUAUUUAGGAGAUGCAUGUAGAAAUAUGGUUAGAAGAUACUUAAAGGAGAAGUUCCCAACAAUUGCAUCUGCUGAAGAAGCUUAUGGAAUUUCCUAUUUUGGUGAAAAGGUAAAAUAUAGACUUUUUAUAGCAAAGUACUCUAUAUAAUUACAUCAUGUAAUUACUAUUCAUAUCAUACUGUAGGUAUCAAAUGCAGGCCAGAGUGUACCAUCUACUCCACAUGUUGUGUCUGGUCAUACUACAUCUGCAAGAUCUCCACUGCUUGGAUUUUCUCCCUUACGUGAUGCAGAUUUUACCAAACUUCCAGGCUGUAUUCUUGAUAUUGUGUCCUCUGGCUUUUCAAAUCUAACUCCACGACAACGAGAACAAUUACUCAUCCACUUGUUUCAAAAAUGGAUGGUAGAAGACAUUAACCCUCGUUUAGAUGCAACAUUCGUCCCUCCACAGCUCUUACCACUUGUUGCCAAUGCUAUGUCUGUACUCCGUGCUGGUAAUAAAGAUAAUCUGAUUUAUCACGCUGCUCUAUGCUUUGGAGAACAACGCCAUGGAGAUGUUGGUCCUAGAAUGCCAUUGGAUAGAAUGCCCUUUGGUCUCAUUGCACAUAAUCUGAAGUUUUUUGCAUCCAACCAAGUUUCCAACCUUCAAGCUCCAGAUGACUACAAAUCUUGGUGUCAGUCCAUGUAUGCUUUGUUUGGAAACAAGUGGGCCUCAAUGCACUUGGGGCCAAUGUGGUCCUAUGAGUUAGAAAGUGAGCAUGUAUCGGUUACUAAUGAUUCUUCAUUAAGUUUAGAUAUCAUAAGCCAAGCAUUGCAAGAAACGUUUGGAGAUGACUCGGAUGUGGUAAGUAUGGAAAACCCAUUGCCUGUCCUGAAGAAUGUGCAAGAUACUAGCAUUGCUGAUGAUGUGGCAAAGUCUGGAAGGGCCAUAAAAGGAGACCCAUUAAAGGUACGUAAUAAUUUAAUGAGCAUCAAUGUGGUGUUAUUAAUGUGUUGUAGGGGUAUAUACUGUAUCUAAAACAUCCAUGAGUAGUGAGUACAUUGCAAUUAAGAUAUCCAAAAAUAGUAAAAUACAGUAGUAAUAUUAACUAAAUUCUUCCUCUCUCUGCUAUUGAAGUAACUUUUCUCUGUCUCAUAGGCCAAGAUAAAUAUUGCUGGGCCAUCUUCACGAACAAUUCGAAGAAUGACUGAGAACAAUGAUUAUAGCAAGGGCACUGAAAUUCAGGUAUGUAUGUUUGCUUAUCAACAACUUAUAUAUACUAUAUACACUAUCUGUAUACACUAUAUGAUGGAUGUAUUUUAACAGACAUCUGCUUUGAAAUUUCUUCACAACGCCUACCCAAAUGGAAGGUGGUGGUUGAAAGCUGAUGGUACUGACAUUCAAGAGGGACUCAGAGAAUCAAUGAGAAAUGAAUGGUCAGGUGAUGUAGAUUUAGGAGAUGGUAAGUUAGGAAUUAAGUAUUCCAAAUACUUAGAAUACCUUAAGCUUGUUAGCAAUAUAAGAUUGAAGGACAGGGCUUCCUCUGACAACAUCAAAGUAGACCUUCAACAGAUGUGUUCUAAGCUAUCCACCGAGAGUGAAUUCCUGACAAAUGGUCAUGCAGAUGCCAAAAAGGAUUACAAGAGUGUCCAGGAUAUGGCCAACUCUACAGAGAAAGCAUUGUUUGCAUGUGCGUGGAAUGUAGAAGAGUUCAGUAAGUUGCUGGAGAAGAAUGCGUACUUGUUGCAGUCUUUGAAAAACCUCAUAAGCAUCAUUGACAGUGGAAACACCCAUUCUGUAAACAUCGGAACAACUCUGGUUAAUCUACGUAAAGAAUUACAGGAUUAUGUCAAAGGUACUAGACUAUUAUUUUUCAGGAAUUGUAUUGUAAAUAAAUUGUUAGCUUUACUUGUAUGACACGUCAUAACAAAUGUUGUGGACAGUUAUUGGAAAGUCCUUAAACAUCACUAGAUUAAUUUAACGUUCUCUUAUAAAUUUGUAUUAAUAUUUCAGGAAUUACCUCAAAGACACGAGUGGCAGCAUCUCACAUACUGAUAUUCAUGGUAAGUGAUGAAUUGAGAAAUUUCAAACCAUAUGCUAUUCCUGUUCGUGUUCUUAAGUACAGCAGUCUGACAGACAAGAAUGCACGAGACCUGAAGGAAGAAUUGAAAACUGCAAUGGAAGACAUUGGCAUGGUAACUGUAGGUAUGUACUAAUUAUGAGUAUUUUUAAUGUUGUAUAGUUACUGUAUUAUCUCUAUUAAAUUAAGCCCCCUUUCUCAAAUAAGCCCCCUCUCUAAAAUAAGUCCCCUCUCUAAUAAGCCCCCUCUCUAAUAAGCCCCACCCUUUUAAGAGGAAUAAAUUUAUUAAACACCCCUUUCUAUUAAGCCCCCAUCCCCAUUCGUAUCAAUAUAACACAUUGUACAGCCCCUCCCCCUUCUAAUAAGGCCUCCUCAAUUUAUAUUAAAUAUUUUAUCCAAAAUGUAUAGGCAUGCUAUAUUACAGGUAUGUAUUUCAUUCAAAGGUUUUGUUACUGAUGGUGAGUUCAAUUCAUUGCGAACACAAGGUAAAGAUAGACCUGUCUCAGUCAUUCAGCUGAUUAUGGAUGCCAAGAAUGAAGCACGGGCGAUACCGGCCAAGGAGAUUGAGAAAUUCUUCAAGUCUGUAAAGAAAGGUAAUUAUACUGUACAUACCUGUAGUAUUGUUGUAUCAUACCAGUAACAUAAUACCCUGUGAAAUACAGUAUAUAUAAGAAACUGCCAUUUACUGUUAGUAAUAGCUAUUGUACCACGUAGCAUGUAGUAUUCUUAAUUUGGUACAAGCUUAUAAUAUUUGAGACAUACUGUAAGUUAUUUUGUUUAAAGAUUUUAUAAGCGAAUCGUACAGGAUUAAACAUAGUGAGUUGUAGAGGUUCUCUGGCUAAAAUAUGAAUUGAAAUAUAAGCUUUUGACUGCCAGUCUGCAGUCUUCAACAGGAAUUUACAAUGAAAAAAUAUAUAUACAGUGGUAUAGAAUACAGAUUUUUGAUCAAGAUUUAUAGCAAACCACUAUAUACAAUUUUUUCAUCAUAAAUUGCCCAUCGUAGACUGCAGACUGGCAGUCAAAAGCUUGCAUUCUGUAUUCAAAUAAAUGUUUUAACUCAUGCAGAACAUCUACAGCAUGAACUCGCUAAGUUCUUUUGUGUUCUGUGAUUAACAGAAGGUGUAGUUUUGCCUGUGAAAGGUCACAAUGCUAUUCCGUUGGGAGAUGUUCAGUGGUUAGCUGAGUAUAUGAAUGGUGAACCCAAAGUAUCAUUUCUCAAUGCAAUCAGGAUACUUCGCAGAAAACACUUUCCGUUUUUUUAUGACCCACACCCUUGGGUUGCAGGUAAAGUAUAUCUACUACGACACGAUAAACAUAUGCCACAAACUGGAGUUACUGUUACUUCUCAAUCUUUCAACUUUACUCAUUUACAAUUUUAGCUACAAUAUCAAGAUUAAUCUCAAAUAAUUUACCUGUACUUGUAAUAUAAUUUAUGUACAGUAAAUUAUAUUUUUUUCUGUUAUGUAAAGGUAAAACUGAGUCGAAAUCUGACUGUCUGAAAUCCCUUAUGGCGAUGUACCUCUUCAAGAAUAAAGUAAGUAUGUACUGUGCACAAGGUGUUAACUUUCAGGAUUAUUUGUAUGUGCCAGAGGUAAGUGAACGCACAGGUGAACCUCAACAAGAGCGUGAAGAUCACAACCAUGUGCUGAAGAGAAUAGCUGGCAGUUUGAGAAAGGGGCAUAUCCCGAAUGUGGAUCUUCAAGCAUUUGUCAAGGCUAUGAAUAAUGCAGAAACAGGUUUGACCUACACUGCAUUGACAGGUAAGAGAAAGCAAAGUGUGGGUGACGCCGAGAAAUUGUUGUCACAUGCAGUUGCUAAAUGGUUGAAAGCUAACGGUUUCUUGAAUGAGGGUAGAUUUGUAGAGAUUGUAUCAAACUGGCACAAGGCAAGUGAUGGUCGUGGACUGGCGGAAGCUGACCGUAAGAAGUGCAACCUGGCGAUGUUGGAUUAUAUAUUGGAAGACUGGAUGCCAUGGUACAAGGAAGAAAGAGAUUAUUCAACAUUAGAUGUCAACAGGUACAUGUGAUGUGCCCUUCUUUGUUCUUUUACUCUGUCUAAUGCCAGACAAUUUUACCUGUCAAGGGGAUAUUCUUGCGCUUUAAUGAGUUAAUAGAAUUUUAUAAAAUUGCAAUAAUUUUAGUGCAUAUUGGACAUACUGUAAUAUACUGUAUUGAAUUGAAUGUGCACUUUUGUUAAUUUAUAGACCUAUCAGAGGAAUUAGAGGAUUCACUAGAGAAGUUGUGGUUGCACUAACAACGAAUAUUGAAAGUCAGGUUUGUUGAUAAAUGUGCCUUACACAAAUGUGUGAAAAAAUGUGCAGUCAUUUCAUAAUUACAGUAUAUUAUUAUUACAGGAGUUCAGACGGAGAUAUGGACUUGAAAAGGGGCUCCUUCCUGAACAUUCAAGAGCAGGAUCAACUGAUGAUGUUGAAGGCAUUUUUGCUUUCUUGCAUGCACUGCUUGGACCAAUUUUCGAUGAAAAGGAUUUUCAUGAUGCCUUCCCGAAAGUUAUUAGCGAGUACACCAAGAAAUGUGAUCCUGACUUGCCCUUUUACUACUACACUGGAUCCAAUGACCGAUACAAUGACGGUUUAUAUUAGUACAGUCAUUUAAUGUGCCCUGGAGCAGUGGCGAAGAGCGACUGGAUAGUGUAUCUAUUUCUAGACGAGCUGAUCCUGGGGUUUUUCUGACAAAUCGAGCUGUGAUCCCUCAGCGUGGACAACUCAGUGUUAGAACAGCCCAUUUUAAACCAGCAGAGAGCUUGCCACCACCACCUGCUCCAUAGAAUCCUGUGGUAAUGAUUUGUUAACAUUAAUUACAGUAAUACUGUAUGUAGCUUGUAGUUUAAAAUGCACAUCACAAUUAUUGUAUGUGUACACAUGCAUGUGUAAUUUGUAUACCUAUAAUUCCAUGGAUUUGAGUGCAAUUGAGGGGAAAAAACAUGCACAAUUGAGUUUUAAAAAAUCCGAAUGACAACGUAAGUCUCACUAGUGUAUGUUUUUCCAAAUUGCAUGAGAAACCAUAUUACUUAUUAAUUUAAUAUACAUGAAAGAAUUAUGCAGUCACAUAUGUGCAUGAGUCACAUGUGAAAUAGUUCAUUUUAAUAUUAAGAAAUAUCUAAUUUUAAUAGAAAAUCUGCUAAAAAUGCAAUCCGUUUUUGUCGAAUGUAAAUGUUUGGGUAUUAUUUUCCUGCUAGAAAUGGCUGACUGUGUAUCUUAUAGUCAAUAAAAUUUGCACUGCAUUUCAUUUUUGCCAGUGUAUUUCAAAACAAUACACUGCUCUUAGCCAAUUAGAAUUGAGAAUUUUUUUCAAGUAUAUUAUCAAGUAAUUUACAGUGUUUUGUAGUAUGUGGCAAUACUACAGUCACUUAGAGAUGUCCGUAUUCAGAGCAAAUAUAGAAAGGUGUACAGUAAAGACCUGUGUAAAAGAACCAUUAUACUGAACCAAUCACAAUAAAUUUAUGAAAGAAUACUGUUUGUGCCAUGUACAAAUACCAUGUCAGGUUGACUAACAAAACUGUAUUUUUAAAAAAUUUGAUUAACUUUUAUUAGUUUUAAGGGCAGAUAUGAAGACCACCUAUGGAC